AUGGACGUCGACGGCGAGACGGUGGAUCGGGAGAGAUACGACGAGAAGCGCGAGAUCUCGGUGUUCGCGGCCGAGGACGCCGCGGACGAGCUGAUCGCCGGACGCGCGCGACGGGACGGUGAGGUGUUCAUCGGAUCGAUCUCUCUGGAGGCGACGGAGGAUGCGGUGCGACGGGCGCUGAAGGCGUGCGGGGCGGAGACGGGGGCGGUUGGAUUUGAGAUGAUGACGGAUCGCGCGACUGGGAAGCACCGAGGAUACGCGUUCGCGCGAUACGGUGACCCGGAGAGCGCGGCGAAGGCGAUCGAGACGAUCGAGAGCGCGAGGGUGGAGAUUGGUGGACAGAAGAUCAGGGCGAGCGUGAAGCCGAAUAAGACGCGGGUGUUCGUGGGAGGGAUUCGAAAGGAUGCGACCCGGGCGGAGUGCGUGGAGGCGCUGCGCGCUCGCGGCGCGGGUUUGGAGUUCUUUGAGCUCGCAAGACCGAAGAAGAAGAAGGAAGGCGUGGAGCAGACCGAUGAGAACGGUGGUCACGGAUGGGCGACGUAUUACAACGAAGCUUGCGCCGAGCGUUUCAUGAAGAACAUGCGCGAGGCGGAGGACAAGUUGCCCAUCGCGAAUGAAAGCGAUACCAGAGGCAUGACGACGAGCUGGGCCACCGUCAAAGCGUCGGCCGCUAAGGUUCAGGGGAUCCGUACGCUGCACGUUCGCGACCUGAACUCGACGAACGCGACGGAAGAGGCCAUGCGCGAGUGUUUUGGUCGUUUCGGCGACAUCGAAGACGUUCAGUUGAGAACAGACAGGGAACCGCACUUCGCCUGGGUGACGUUCGCGAACCCGAACGACGCCGAGAAAGCGUUGGGUGAGUGCGAACCCGUCCCGGACGCGCCCGAAGGGAGAAAGGGUGGCUCGUUCAUCUCAAGCGUCGACGGCGCCACUUUGAACAUCGCACCCGCGAAGGGUGGCGGACCCAAACAAAAGGGCGCACCCGAGUCUGGAAGGGGAGGUCCCUCUCGCGGUGGCCGCGAUGACUGGUCCAAGUAUAGAACCGGCGGUAUCGGUGGAAAGUACGGCGGCGGUCUCGCGCCGCGAGGGUCGUGGUCUGGCCGCACGCCGGCGAAUAACACGAUGCCCGUUAUUUUACCCACAGGACAAGUCGCAUACGCAAUGAUGCCGAACCGCGGCGGCGGACGGGGCGGACGCGGUGGCGGUCGACGCGAUAACAGGCAUCGACCGUACUAA